UCAUGCUGCUGCCAGGUCCAGAGUCUCUCAUGGGUCCCUGUACGGCCUCCCAUUGCUGCUGUCUCCAUCGCCACACUCUGCCAUGUGCCACUUUCAGGUCUCCUCACACUGCUGGUGUGUUCCAUUUUUUGUCAUAGGGUGCUGGCAGAUUACGGGCCUCCCAUAGCUGCUGCCAGGCCCCUAAUCUGCCAUGGGCCCCUAUACCGCCUCCUCAUGCUGCUGCCAAGUCCAGAGUCUCUCAUGGGUCCCUGUACGGCCUCCCAUUGCUGCUGUCUCCAUCGCCACACUCUGCCAUGUGCCACUUUCAGGUCUCCUCACACUGCUGGUGUGUAGAAUUUUUUGUC